AUGUGUGAAGACAUUGCUGGAGCCCCUCUGUUGUUGCCUGAAUCGUUAGUCGAUUUAGAUACAUGCUCAAGGGCCACUGCUGCAUUGUCGUCGGGCCUGGUGAAGCUUUGCAGGUCAUUAGCACCCGCUUUUCAGGCAAAUACUAUCUUAUGCGGUAUUGCUCUGUAUGCACUUGGGCGUAUCGCGGCAACUCUAGCAUGUGUGGGUCACUGUAUGUAUGCCUUCAUGCACCGAGAUGUUGGUCAAGCUGGUGACUUUAUGCCUCUUUCUGUGAUCGCAUCAAUCUUCCCUCCGGUGUGUGGCCUCAUCACACCCGCUAUUCACCCCGACCUCCUCUUUCGAUCGGCUAAUCCGACUCGGGCCUCCAAUCCGGAUAGCCUUCAUGGUCCCGUAGAUCCGUUCCUUAUCUUUCUGGUUGACCGAUUUCACUCAGUUCCAGUCCCAGUGUGCGUUUCACUCCAGCCGCCAUUUCUCAAAGCCCUAGAAGGCUCUGAUUGCCAUGCUUGCAGAUAUCCGGCCUUCCCUUCACGGGUCCUCUCCUUCAUUAAACCCAUGUUAUCUGAGCAAACUGUGGACGUCUAUCUCUGGUCGCAUGCGACAUCUCAAGUGGAUUUCUACUACAUUUGA